GUGUGAGUGUGUGUAGUUUUUUAUCCCUCCCCUGAGCAGAUCUUUAUCAAUUUGUGUACUCCAGUCUUGGGCUGCAUUUGAAUGGGUGUCUGUGUGUGUAUAUGUGGCAGAGUUUACAGGAGGACAGUGUAAAGUGUCUCGGAGCCUGUGGAGAAGGGGGAAGAGCUCGGUGUCCAGAGGAGAGCAUCCUGCACAAAAGGAUUUCUGACUGACAGCACUCUCACUGUGAUUUCCUCCGGUCGCUUUUCACAAAAUCAGGAUUUGGCUGGACUGUGUGUGCAGCUUAAAUGACGAAGUGGAACUUGUUCCGGCAUCAGACAACGCCCAUGGUCGCUGCUAAGCCAACGGGGGCCAGUGCCUUGACUGUGACUCCAGCCCCCGUCGCAUCAGUCUCUGCCGACAACGCCACAGAGCCGGUCAACAAGAAUGAUGUCUUCGACGAGAUCAAAAACAAGUUCCUAAAUGAAAUCGACAACAUUCCACUGCCGUCCUGGGCCAUCAUUGCCAUUGCCGUGGUCGCUGCUUUACUCAUUCUAACAUGCUGCUUCUGCAUCAUCAAGAAAUGCUGUUGCAAGAAGAAGAAGAACAAGAAGGGCAAGAAGGGGAAGGGGGACAUGGGAAUGAAGAACCUGAAAGGGGGAGAGAAACAACAGGAUGAUGAUGAUGAAGAAGAUGAUGUCGAACCCGGACUGACUGGAGACGAGAAAGAGGAGGAAGUAAAGGAGAAAGAAAAGCUCGGGAAGCUGCAGUACUCCAUUGAUUAUGACUUCCAGGAGAACAAGCUGACUGUGGGAAUCCUGCAAGCGGCUGAUCUCCUCUCCAUGGACAGCGGUGGCACCUCCGACCCCUACGUCAAGGUCUUCGUCCUCCCUGAUAAGAAGAAGAAGUUUGACACAAAGGUUCACAAGAAAACACUCAAUCCUGUCUUCAAUGAGACCUUUACCUUCAAGAUUCCAUUCCAAGAGAUGGGAGGAAAGACUCUGGUAAUGUCAGUGUAUGACUUUGAUCGCUUCUCUAAGCAUGAUGUCAUCGGAGAGAUCAAAAUACCCAUGAACACCCUUGACCUGGCGAAGCCAAUUGAGGAGUGGAGAGACCUGGACAGCGCAGAUCAAGAAGAGCCGGAGAAGCUGGGUGACAUUUGCAUCUCUCUGCGUUACGUCCCCACUGCUGGCAAACUUACCAUCUGUAUCCUGGAGGCCAAGAACCUGAAGAAAAUGGACGUGGGUGGACUGUCAGAUCCCUACGUGAAGAUUAACCUGCUGCAGAACGGAAAGAGGCUGAAGAAGAAGAAGACGACGGUGAAGAAGAACACUUUGAAUCCGUACUACAAUGAGUCCUUCAGCUUUGAGAUUCCUCUUGAGCAAAUGCAGAAAAUCAUAGCUGUGAUCACAGUGCUGGAUUAUGACAAGAUUGGCAAGAACGAUGCCAUUGGGAAGAUCUUGGUGGGAAGCAAGUGCACGGGGGCCGGGCUGAAACACUGGUCUGACAUGCUGGCCAACCCCCGCCGCCCCAUCGCCCAGUGGCAUCCACUGCAGCCAGAGGAGGAGGUGGAUGCUGCCAUCGCAGCCCUGAAUGCCAAGAAGUAAACUCCCCCCUGAACACAUCGUCCCCACCUCCACCUUACCUUACCCAUGCAUUUCCCCCAACCAUUUCCCCCCAGGCCCCACAUAUCUGUGUAUAUUCCAGAAGAACACCCCAACUGUACAUCUGCUCCCUCCAAACCCCACGUCCUCCCCUUCCUCCUCCUCCUCUUCCUCUGCCGCCACCUGUCAAAAGAUCCAUAGAUACCAUUCAACAUGAUGGGAAAUAUAGUUUAAAAAAAAGCAUCAUGUUAUAUGAAAUCAUGUCAUUGAAAAAAGAAGACAAGUUACAGGAUGGACAGAUACUCCGUUGAUUUCCUUUAGAUCUAUUUUUGUAUUGGGGUUGUGGUUCCAUUAAUAAGAAUACAGAGUAGACUACGAAGAACAGUACGAGUGCUAUAUGGGAAUCUGGUGAUAGAGGGGAUAAAACAUACAUUCACUCAUAUUGUACUUCUCACCCCUUCCCUUUAGUGACACAGUUUGCUUAGAAUAGUGCUUAAUAAUAAAAUGCUUUAUACUGCCAUAUGAUAGAGAAAUAACACAAGCAGGUCCAUUCCUUAGGUGUAUUGUGCACCAUGUUCCACACCUGCCAGUUAUCAUACUAGAUGAUUCUGUUCGUUUGAAGUACAUUCCUAGAGUUGGGUAGCGCGUAGGGAUAGGCACAUAUCCGGUUACCCACAAACACACUGCCUUUUUUGAUUAGUUAACCUUCCACCCAUCGUCUCAGGAAAACUGAGAGGAAACUGAAUCUCCAUGCCUUUUUUUCUAAACGGGUUGUUAUUAUUCCUCCACUUGAUGAGAAUGAAACGUCGGAUUCAAGCGCUUGUUCAUUUUCCCGGCGACGUAAGGCUCACGACUAGUGUUAGCUUGUCCGUGAAAUGGUACGUUAGGGAAGAGGGAGUGGUGGAUUUUUCAGUUAAUAGGGGUAUUUGUGUAUUUUUUUGUUUUUAACUGUGCAAAAAGGCUGCGUUUGUCAUUUAAAUAAGAAAAAAAGCAAGGAAAAAUCAGAGUGGGUACAACAGAGACUGAUUCCAACCACCAAUGACAUGAUAUUUACAAGGUGUCGAUUACUGCCUGCAGUCUACCACCUCCCCUCCCAACGCCUCUGAUUCUGUAUCUCACUUGUUCAGUGCUACUGCCAUUAGUCAUGGACUUGACACAAGGGUUUUACUUCAAAGGAAUCCCUAUAACCGUCUUACAGUCAUAAAGGAGACAAGCCUUCAAAGUAACAAAAUAAGCAAUUUUCAACUACCAGGGACGCCUUCCAGUUAGCGGUGUUGUUCUCUUCAUUUCCUUAUUUUUUCUAUCUCUUGUUUCCUUUGUUUUUUUUUUAUUUAACUUCACUUUUAUUCCUCAAGCACCUUAAAUCCAAAUGUUACGUUCAAGUACCCUCAGAAACCAGAGCUUUAAUUUUUUAUGUUCAUGAUAACUGCUGGUUUUAAGAAGAAAAAAAAGAGCAAGGGACUUUUUUUAAUUUGUUAUUGUUGCUUUGUUUCGGCUCAGCUUUUUUCUGUAUGUGUUUCUUUGAUUGUUUGAAUAUUACAUUUCUCACUUGAUCGCAAGGAUAUGGUCUGGAAGAAGGCACUGAUCCAUGUGUAUUUUAUACACAGCUUACCAAACUGUUGAAUUUAAUUGCACUACUGGGUAUUAUUCUGUUCUGUGGUAAUUUGACACUGUUCUUUGAUCUGUGUAGUUUUUUUUUUAAAUGAUAAAAUGUUGUGAGAUUGAAUUUUUCUGUGGCACGCCAGACAGGUCUCCUCAUAUUUAAAGAAAAAACUGAAAAAGAAAAAAAAAGAAACGGACUCCUCUGAUAAAGCAAAGAGACACAUUACAAUCUAAUGCUGCUCCCUGGCUCCUUCAUGGAAACUAAUUGGUUCAGCUCAUUUUUCCAAAUUAACAUUCUGUUGAAGAGAAAUUGUGACAAAAUCCAAAUUGACCAAAACUCAUCAGCCCUGAUUAAAUUGGAGAAUGCCAGAUUAUUAAUUAAAUUCCUGAGAUGCGUUGGGGUGCUUGGGUCCAGGUACGCCUGUGUUUGGGUCUAGUUAUGAAUUAAAAAAGCAAAAACUACCCGUUAACCGUGUGCAAGAACAUGCAAAGUCAAUGUAAAUCAAAUGUAGACCACCUUUUUUGGAAUUUAAUGAAUGUUGGCUCUUGUAUCUUUCUCUGUUGGAAACUUUUAAGUCUUUAUUUUUUUAUAACCGACAUACCAUGUUCAGAUUUCCGUUUAUCAUCCCACAUUAUCUUUUUUCCUCCGUUGACGAAGCAGCACUAAAGAAAAGGCAACAUGGAAGCAAUCAAGCAACCCAUCGGUGUGUAGUUUUGCCUAUAUACAUAGUUCAUACACGUUGAUACUGCAUGUUUAUACAAAAUACUGUACAUAGGAGCAUGUUUUAGAGACGAAGCAAAAAUAUCUCGUGUACGUAAAUGGGUGUCAUUUGUCAUUUUAAUAACACAAACGAAAGGGGAAAAAAAGAUGCACUGUAUAUUUUCUAAAUGAAACAAAUGUGUAUUUAUUUUCCAUGAGGGUCAUUGGAGAGAAUGUCAUACAAAUAUUAGAGUACUAUUACUAAUAAGAACCUUUCCACGCCUGAAAUUCUUAAGCAAGUGUGUCGUCCAGUACUGUGUGUGAGUUCAUGUAGGAUGAAAAUGUAGCCGCAUGCUUGCUAUAUAAUUCCUUGUGAUCAGUUUUUUUAUUUGACACCAUUUAUCUUCCAUGUGUUUUGUUUUUUAAGCACUUAUCUGAAGGCCAAUGUGUGACUUUCUUUAUUUUGUUGCUAUUGCUUUUUUUUUUAAAAACAAAAGAAAAACAUGAUUUAAAUUUUUAAUGUUUGGGAUGUCGGGGUCUCCAAGUCUGUAAGAUGACUAUUUUCUAAUAAUAGAUUUGGCACAGUUUUAUUCUGAAAUAACUCGAAAAAGACUGAAUAAUUCUGCAAUCUGUAGGUGGAUUGUAGGAGUUGUUAUUUGUGCCAGUAGUGAAGUCUGUUGGAUCAUAUCUUUGUAUGAAACGCAUUUCCAAGGGCCAAAAGAUGAAUAAUUCCCAUUCCAGUGAACACAAAACGACUUGGAAUCCCUUCUUCUCCUCUCUUUCUUUACUUGGAAGUUUUUAUUUUUCACUUCUACAGUAUUUAAAUGACCUGAAACCCUUCACGGCUGUGUCUCUUUUACUGUGUUUAUUAUACAAUACGUGUACGUGUAUACAAGAUAAAUGAAUAAGAUAAAACUAAAGCCAUAAAACUCAAGCACUAACUCUUUUAGAGCUCAGCUGAGUAGCUAGAGUUUAUUUAUGAUGAAGAAAAAAAAAUAUCUGACAUGUCUUCAUUUUCCUUGGCCAGUGUUUCUCUCUUUUACAUUCCGUUCAGAGGUCUUUGUUCAUCAAGAGGGCAAAAUCCACUUUUCUGUAUAUGUGAGCUUUGAGAACAGUUGUGAGUUUAGUAGAGUGAGUGUGUCUUUUUCUACUUUCAGAGCUGUCAAUGUCCUUGUUUCAUAGAGGUAGCUGAUUUUACAGUAUUGUGAUUAGUAACGUAUAUGCCUUGUUUUGAUAGUAUAAAUAAUAGGAACAAUAUCACAAUAGGUUCUCAAUAAUACUGCUAAAAUUAUAUAUAUACUAUAUAUAUAUAGAUAUAUAUGAGAGUGUGUUCUCUUCUUGGGCUGAGUGCAAUUUAUGAACCAAACUGGGUCACUCUUCAAGUUUCUCUUCCUCCGGUUUUGCAGCAGAAUGUACUCGUACAAUCAAUAACACACUGCUAAUACUGGUUUGUGUUGGCUCGUUCAGUGUAUCGCUCAGCGACAAAACAACAACAACAGAUGAUCCAAAAAUAUCAAAGCAAAAAGAGAAACUUAAAAACAGUGGAACCCAAGUUUUAGGCCUGAAUCCCUCCCAUAGAACUAUGCAUAAAGUUAUGAUUUCCACAAACAAAUGGAGAAAAAAGUGUAUGAAAAUAUAGAAAUAUAUAUAAUGUCAUUAUAGGAGUAGUUCUAAAUUUUUGGGGAGUCGUUUAUUUGGUUUCUUGCAGAGAGAUGAGAGGAUGGAUACCACUCUAUGUGUGCUAAAUAUGAAGCUGGAGCCUGAAGACAGUUAGCUUAGCUUAGCAUAAAGGCUUACUAAUAACACCCGCUCAGAUGGGCGUGGUUUUGCAGGAUGUAGCCGUGCAUACCUCGGGAAGCUCCGUGACUUGCUCAGCACUGGCUCUGAGUACAUGUUCAUACUUUAUAUGACAGCCUGUGUGCACCUAUGUGAGAAUGCAGAACAAAAAUCCUGUAUUGUUUGGUUUGAUGAAAAUGAGUAAGUGGCUAAGUAUGGGCUAGUUUUAUUUCUAAAUUUUGGAAAAAUAGGCUGAAUAAUUUGAUGUACGUCAGGUAGGAAGGCAUACAGAUGCAUAUAUUUGGUAUAUUUGGUCUCAUUGUGACCAGAUACUACAUUGAUAAAGAAAUAAAGACCCCCAUCUGAGUACAUUUUUGUUGCUGGACAUAAUUUAGUCCAUCUAAGUGGAAAUAUAUUUCAUCAUUAUUUAGUUGUACAUAUUUCCCAGUAUAACCUCACGAUGGUCAACUUGAGAAAUUAUCAGUAGUUAGCUAAAAGUCAUUUGAAAAUCUGUGGGGAUGUCAUCUAGUUGCAGUUGUAGCCAUGUUUAAGUUUCAAAUUACAGCUGUACAGGUGUGAGGUCUCCUGUAGGUUUAAUCUUGGGAAAAAGAUUAGGUUAUAAACGUCUUUUUGGUUAUGGUUUUGCUAGUUUAUCCAACAAGUGACGAGACAACCCAAUGCGAGCCGAUGAGAACACGCAUCAGGCACACAAAUGUCUGUCUAAUGCAGGACAUAAGACACCGCCUCCAGGCGAAACCCUAGGUGCGUUCUGAAUCACUGCCCUUAAAAACUCAGUACUGUUGCAUGCAGUAUGCACACAAUUGGGACAUACUACUUUCUCAUAGGUUUACAUUACACCCUGAACUUUGACCCUCUUUCUCAUUUAUCCGUUACCAUGGUGAUAAAAAAAAACAUCCCAUUCAUCAAGCUCAUCAGAGACAGAGGUCAACCCCAAGAGCUCUACUGUUGUGACCUUGCAAUGUAUGUAGUUUUAAUCUCUAAAUUAGAGCUGCAUACAUUGUAGAUUCUCACAUAUAGUGAGAUUACGCAUUUCUUAUUCUUUAUCUUAAUAGUUAUGUCCUUUUGUUGUUGGUAAGUUAAGAAUUAAUAUUCCUAGUAUUACCCUUUGACUGGUCAUCAGUCACUUGAAUGCGCAGUCACCCGUCGUUGCAGCUUCUUACAGCUGUCAGUCAGCUGUCAGCGAGCUGUCACACACUCAUCUAUGAUGCAUCUUUUGCUGUGCAGAGGACUGUGCUUCAGAACAGCCAGAAAAGCAUGCUGGCUUGCAUACUGCAAAAUGCGACCAGAUUUAGCAGAACAUCCUGGUAUUUUUGGCACUCUGCAUUUGACAGACUAUGUAUUGGGACAUUCUAAAUCUUGCUCUGGCAUCCUAUAUAAUAUGGUCGUAUGGGUAUUGGAAUGCACAGUCUGUAUUUUUAGGGAGUCCCGUGGGGAAAUAGCAAGCCUGGCUCUGUCUGUAUUUGUGUUAAGCUAAGCUAACCGUCUCCUGGCUCCAGCUCCAUGCUUAAAGGACACAUAAGGCUGGUAUCUCACCUAACUCUUGCCAAGAAAGUGAAUUUGCCUAUUUCACAAAAAUGUUGAACUAUUCCCUUAAGUUGACCUCAGUUGCUGAGUUUUCUCUGAGGUAAACGCUAAACUGCCAUCUAUUUAUCUAUCUAUCUAUCUAUCCUGACAACAAUCGUCAACGUGUUGUGCGACGCCGCACAUCGCCUAAUGCAAUAUUAUAUUUAUCCGCUGUCCCAUUAAUGCUACUGACUGUGACCAAAUGAUGCACUGAGAACAAUUCAAACACACAAAAAUCACAGAAUACUGCCAGGACCUGAUCACAGUUGCCUGCAUUUGUCAACACUGUUUGAAUCUACAAAGCCAAAACUAUUCACGCAGAGACAAACAGAACACAUCAGACGAUGAGGCAAAUGUGAUUACGGGUCAAUUUAUAGCACAUUUAGGAGAUUUAUUUCCUUUUUACUGCCGCACUACGGUCACACGACAUCUAAGUUCUAUGGGGGACAGAGACUGGGAGCUGUGUGUGUGCUUGUGUAUGUGGGAUAAACAGGUGGAGUGUAGGCCCUUUAGCAGACAUGGUGCAAAACCACAGCACUAGAAUAUAUAAAUACAAUAUACAGUACAGGUCUGCAUGCAUGGGACACAUUACUCAUUCCUAAAUGUACAUCUCUGUGUGUAUGACCGUAAUACUCAAACAAUCCUAGUUUUAAGUAUUCUGUUCUGUUGAUAGCUGUGUAGAUGUACCUUAUGCACAACUGCGUCUGAAACUGUGAGCGCUUUCAGCUCUGCAGAGACAGUUUUAGAGCACCGUUUGUUCACACAACCAGUUGGGUUUUUAUUUUUGUUUGUUUCUGUGAACAAACGCCGGGAUUUAAAAAGGGAAACCAUCCAAAGUUCAGUAGAUCAUUUACCACCCUGUCAAAAAUGUGUUGAGAAGCCUCUCAGCGGGUAAAGACACCACUUUGAAACAUGCUGUCUUGUCUCCUCUAUUACUCGCUGUAUUUCUUCUUUGUAUUCUUGUGCACAUGUGUAAUCACUCCUUCUGUCUUUAUUUGUUUUUCGUGAUGUGUACUUCUAAUGUAGAAUGUAGGACUGUGUUUGAAUCAAUGCCAGAGUCACGUUUGCUUUCUGUUUGUGUCUUUGUCCUGUUUACGUGUAACCAGCUAUGUACCAUCAGUGUCAUUAUGCUGAAUAGGAAGCAGGCUCGUUGAUUUCCUCCACUGAAUCUGCUUUUGCUGAGCGUAAAGAAUGCCGGCCUUCAUGUUUACAACAUGGACAUACCGUAUACUGCCAAACAUGCAGGACCGUACCAACCCCCCCCCCCCCCCCUCUUGAGCGCUUAGUCCUCCACCUCUCAUCCCUGAUGCAACUGUACUCUCAAGACUCUUCUUUUUUUCCACCUCUUUCUCUUCUUCAUCAUCUUUUAAAGCGUCGGAGGACAGUCAGGUUGUGUCCUCUAGCUGUGUUUCUUCGUGUCUAGUGUCGUGGUGCGCGUGUUCAUGUCAGUACUUGUGCCUACUGUGGAUCGCAUGCUUUAGCCCUUGACUGGACACAAACGUUGCUCACAAACUCCUCUUGACCCUUAUGUGGACAAACGUUGGGGAUCCUUAUAAAGUUAUCAAGGGAACCAAAUAACUUACUACAAAUUUAUCAUAUGUGUUACCAGUUCUGUAAAAAAAAAGUCAAAUAGGAAAUAAAGGCCUUUUA